UGUAAUGUGCAGGUGAAAUAUUUUCUUAUCAGUGAAUGAAAAUGGAGUAAAUUUGUUUUUAUCAAAUAUUUCAGAUAAAAAGUAGAUUUUAUCAACAUGAACGGAUUAAUUGUGUUUAAUAGCGCCAACGAUGUUGUUUUUCAACAACUAAAUACCGCGUUGGCUGAGCAUUUCUUUGCAAAAAAUUCCGAUCUUUUUCCGGAGAAUGCAACUGCAGCUUCGAUAGAUGGAAAUAUAAUAUUGCAGAUUUUCAGUCCAAUUAUCAAUUCCCAACGUAUAAUGCAUUGCCAAUUUGACAAUACUUACUCAAGCUUUCAAUGCGAGAAAGGACUGAAUUUCGCUUUUGGUGAACUAUUGGGAUAUACAUUUGUUAAAAUUGGACAACGUCCAGUAGAGAUACUCAAACGUCAUCUGGGCGUGGCAAUUGCCUUGGCUCGUCAUCUAUAUGGUGCAAAUUUAUUUGCUCCACAAGCGAGCAGCGUGCAGGAAGAAUUGCUGUCAACUUGCUUAGAAAGCUAUGAAGAACAUUUGUGGGAUGAGGAACAAACAAUGUUGUUGGAAGCGCUACCACGCUUACUUGUCAAUAAUGAACUUAAUCGCGUUGUUCACAGCGCCCUGGAUGCUGCAUUAGAAGGGCUAAAAGAAAUGGGUUAUCAACGCACACACGCCUUGGUCUUUGUCACAAAUAAGUUUGUCGCAUCGUCUGCAUCGAAACAAGCGCUAUCUUUGAGUCCAACUGACUUGGUAUUUCUAACAUUACUUUCACGUUCUUUACAACGUCAACACCGGCAACUUAAUCGUUCUGUAGCAGUAUUUUUACAAGGCGUUUCGCAUGACCCGCUAUCCGGUUGUAUACCGUGUAUCGCACACCUGUCUCAACUAUCGAAAGGGGUAUUGUUGAUACAGGUGAUCGAGUAUGCCAAUCUGCAUGUAGCGAGCAGCAUGUAUGAUACUUUCUUCGUGCUACAAAAAAUCAUAACUCUGCAAAUACAAGGCGACGCCGACGCAAUGAGACCCACAUAUGAUAGUCUUGAAUCCUUUGUUAAACAAACAUUAGAAGCACUCAAGCGCUCCAAGUUGAAAGGUGAUGAAGUGGACACCUCAUUGAAGAAGUUCAUCAGUAAAUGGGAUAACUUAAAGAAAAUGUAUGCAGAUUUCUUUCGUUCAGUGGAAAGAGAGUUAUUAGUGCGAAUUGAGUCCAACAUUCCAUCAUUUAUGGAUGAAUUAAAGCAGCUUUUUACACUGACAUGCUGUGACAGCUCCAGCAUUGCUUUGGAUCAGCUACCAGAUGUGGCUGCACUAGUUGAAGGCAGGAUUUUGGAAAUUUCCGAAUUUUUGGCCGUCAAAGCAGAGCGUAACAUUACAAUUGACGCUUAUUUGGAAGACUUUCCUGGACUCAUACAUUUUGUCUACGUUAACCGUACCACAGGUCUGAUGAUUGCUCCCGAUUUGCGUGCAAAUCAACUUAUUUCAAAGGCACGCCUAUGGUCAAUGGUUGCAUUCACACGCAAUUACUUGAAGAAAGGACACACCACCGUAAUGUGGAAGGACAAAACUUUCAAUUACUCGUAUUUUCUCUGGUUCGAGGACCAAUCGGGCGUGCCUAUGAAAUCAAUCGAUAUGCAACAACACAUGGUCACUUCGGCAUUGUCCAGUAAUGCUUUCAAAUCACAAUUCGAACCGGGUCUACUUGCCGCUGACUAUUACCAACAGCUAGCUGAAGUUUGCUUUCCAAAGGUUACGCCUGGUAAAAUAAAAUGCUACGAACUGUUUUGUAUUCACUUGGGAUUAGUUACCUCAACUUGCGCUGUGGAGCAUUCUAGACGUCUUGUGGCAACUAUAUCCGAUUUGGCCGGUGAAAAUAAUUAAUAGAACUUAAGA